AUUUUCCGCCCUAUUCCGUCGCCGCGUCGGGCAUUUCCGGCCAGCAUUGCCGUCCGUUUUCUCGUCCUUCUCCAAUCUCCGUGUUGUUGUUCCCAGUGACGCGGCGGAGGUGUAGCCUGACGCGGGCUCUUACGUGUCGGCCAGAAUAAAAGUGGAGCUCCGGAGGCCCGGGAGUGACGAAGGGAGUCCGUAUCGGUAAGAGGACGGAGCGGUGUCCGGGGCUCAGGGAGAGACGGCGCGAGGCCGCGAGAAAGCGUCGGUCUGUUCGUGUUCGGCCCGAAGGAAACAAAGAGAUCAUGGCGCCGCUGUGUGUUUGUAGCAGGAUGGAGGGAGGGGGAGGCUGCGGCGGUUUGGAAGAAACGGAGCAAACUGUGCGGCUUUUAGUCGCGAACCAGCCAGCAGGGACCGUUCGUGUGUUAACGCGGCAGAAACUGUGAUGGGACUUUAGCGAGGGGGGAGGGGGGGAGUUGUGUUUUCCAUUUUUUGGGAUAUAAGCUCCUGUCAAAUUAUGCUUUGACAGACAGACUUAUGCGCACAUGUUUUGCGCCGUUUCCCCGUUAAACGGCUCAGUGAACCCCAUCAGCAGCGAUGUGUUUAUUUAUUUCUGCCACUUGCUCGAUUUAAAUUCGAUGUUUGCAGAUCUCGGCUUUCACACCCGCUAACCCGGUCGAUGGCCACCUCGUUCGGGGUUACCAUUCAUUCGGGCUUCAUAGAAACCGGCCCGGUUUUGCAGGCCGUCGCGUUUGGCCACACGUUGGGGGGAAAAAACCGUCAAAAGAGCCUGUAGAUUUUUAUUUUAUUUUUUCAACACGCUUCUUGUAUUUUUUUAAAAAAAUGUUUAAAAAAUAAUAAUAUUCCCUAAGUUGUAACUAGUUUCCUCGUCUCCCGGUGCGCGCGCCUCGGAGAGGGGGGGGCGUUGCCGCGGCCAUGUGGCUCCGCUGUCACACACGAGUGAUGUUUUGAAAAGCAGAGGGAGAAAAGUGUGAAGCCAAUCAUGCGGCGAGAGAGAAGCGACGCGCCGCGUGAGAUCACCGAGCACCGCGUCCCCCGAAGUCCGAUCUGUGGCCCCGGAAGCUCCUGCUGGUGUUGGUCGUGGUGGAUGGAUGGAUGGAGUAGAGAUUCAGAGAGAGAGAGAGAGAGAGAGAGUGUGUGUGGGGGGGGGGGGUAGUUUCUACCAGACGUUACUAUCGGUGGAGAGUACAUUUACUCGAGUACUGCGCAAUGUUGAGCUCAGCCGAUGAAGAUGGAGUCCGUGGAGGUUCAGCAGGCAAUGGAGAUUGCUGUGACGGAGGCCGAGACCCAGCACAUCACCCAGGCACAGAUCGCUACUUUGGCACAGGUAACCAUGUCAUCGGGGCACAACUCAGCAACAGGUCCCACGGUGACGCUGGUCCAGCUUCCCAACGGACAGACGGUCCAGGUCCACGGCGUGAUCCAGGCCGCACAGCCGUCUGUUAUCCAGUCUCCGCAGAUCCAGGCUGUGCAGAUCUCCGCCAUAGCAGAGAGUGAGGAUUCACAGGAGUCCGUCGACAGUGUCACUGACUGUCAGAAGCGCAGAGAGAUUCUGUCGCGGCGCCCCUCAUACAGGAAAAUCCUGAACGACCUUUCGUCCGACGCACCGGCCGUCCCUCGUAUCGAGGAGGAGGAGGAUGUCUCCGCUGUCGCCGCCACACAUUCCAUCACCACCGUCACGGUGCCCACGCCCAUCUACCAGACCAGCAGCGGCCAAUACAUCGCAAUCACACAGGGUGGAGCCAUUCAGCUGGCCAACAACUGCACAGACGGAGUCCAGGGCAUCCAGACCCUCACCAUGACCAACGCAGCAGCGGCCGCCCAGCCGGGAACCACCAUCCUCCAGUACGCGCAGACCAGCGACGGCCAGCAGAUACUGGUUCCUAGCAACCAGGUGGUGGUCCAAGCCGCCUCCGGUGACGUCCAGGCCUACCAGAUCCGAGCGGCCCCCACCAGCACCAUCGCCCCGGGGUUGGUUAUGGCCUCAUCCCCUGCCCUGCCCACCCAGGGCGCCACAGAGCAGGUCACCCGCAAACGGGAGGUCCGUCUUAUGAAGAACAGAGAGGCAGCGCGUGAGUGCCGCAGGAAGAAGAAGGAGUACGUUAAGUGUCUGGAGAACCGAGUGGCCGUCCUGGAGAACCAGAACAAGACCCUGAUCGAAGAACUGAAAGCCCUCAAAGACCUUUACUGCCAUAAAUCCGAGUAGUUCACGAUACCGAAACGCCGAUCCGGGCCAAGUCGCGUUUCACUCCUCUUCACAGACUGCCCGGCCUUCCACUUUGCACACGACUGGCUGAUCCAGUCCCACCUUCUACUACCUUCUCCUCAGUAGGCUGUCGAUGAUUAUCCAUUUAAAAAGUCACACACACUCUUUCCGAUAUCGAUACACCUGAAAGGAACACCGUGCUCCUCCCGACCAUCGUAGAGAUACGACACUGGAUAACGUUUGACAGCUGAGUCCAACGGGGGCAAAUACUAUCCUUUAAAAAAAAUAUUGAUAUUCUACUUGGUCUCUUUUUGUCAUCCGAGGCAGUUGCUUGCUUGCUCUUAAUUAAUGGACUCCUUGGACUGUAUGGAAGCAAUAACCCCUGACAAAUUGCCCUUAGAGCAUCACCGGUGUUGCUGUGGUUACCCGCAGCUCCGAUGUAGAUCAGCCUGACACAAUAUAUUUCUAAAUGUGUCUUUUCACUGUUCAACUUUACAGUCGCCGUGGUGAGUUCGCUGUCAAACAGUCGACCGGCCAGAAUGAUGAGACCCAACAACAACAACACAGAUUAUGAAUACCAAUGUACACAUUGUUUCAGGAUGUGAAGUAAUUAUGAUUCUCAACCUAAUCCACAUCAACUUUUUCUAGCAACAUGGCCCCCAGCGUCCAACGAAUUGGACAAGUAAAAAAAAAAAAGAAGAAGGUGCGGUUACAAGGAGACCAUUCGCACGCUGAGGCUCAGAUUCAUAGGAAGAGUAAUGUUUUAACAACUUAGGGUUCCACAUUUAUAGCUUUAUUAGCGUUAAACUCGCUGGCUGCAGGGAAGCAGCUCGACCAUAAUGAAGUGAAAACUAAUCUGAAUGUUAAAGUUAUUACGCAACCUGGUUGCUUUGACUGACGGCACUCAAAUCGGUUUUGCACACAGACACAAAGCAACAUUUUAAUGAUGAAUAUAAUAUGUAUACAAAUAUAGACCCAAUGUAUGUGACAGACACAGGAUGUUUGUCUCGUAAAAAAAUUAGCGUCUAAAAAGAUAAUAAUAACCAGGUCAACACCAGAGACCUAAAUGUUCGGUAACUACAGUAAAUGGUGGUAAAACGUGGACCGAGACAUACAUUAUCUUUUUUAAUGUGUAGCAGAUUCUUUGCGACGUCUACAGAAGGUAUCGGCUACGACUACAUGAGUUUAACACCAACGAUCCGUGUUAUGUUUUGUAGGGCUGUGUGUGCGUGCGUUUUUUUUCCGAGAAGAUCCGUGUACGUGUUUGUCCGUUUUUAUUUUUUUAUAUAACUGUACAUAGACUCUACGGCAUGUGUAGACCUGGUGUUUUUCCGUUUAUUCGGUAUGGAAAAUGUUCUUACGGCUUGUAUAUGGAACCGACUUUUGCAUAUUUGUAACAUGCAUCAAUGUAUAGUAGAAGAUGAUGUAAUCAUGUGAUCCACCAGGCCGACCAGUCAUGGCAGCUAAGUGUGAGAAAAGGCCUUUGCUGGUUACAGUGUGGAGCGCUGGGCUGCGAUCGUUAGUAGCGAGCAGGCAGGGUCCACCACAUAUAUCAGUUCAUUUUAUUGUUGUUAAUUUGAAAACUGCACAGAACAUUGGGUGGUUUCAGACUCGUCCACACAUGUGUUUUGAACUGGAAAUGUGCUUUUAUCUCAGCAAGAAUGUCUCCAUUAAGAGCUGCUUUUUGUUUUAAUAUCUUCCGGUUCAUCAAAUGAAAGCACAACUUUUCCUUCAGCUGUUUAUUUUAAACGAUACUCAGCAUUUAUUUUUAAGUUACACUCGGUUUUCAUAAUACAAUAACCCAGUUUUUUUUUUGCUGAUUUUAAACUGGAAAUUUCCAAAUUCUUCAAGUUGGGGGGGGCCCAACGUGCUCCUUAGUUUCGUUUCUUUUACAUAAAGAUCAUCAGUUGGCGGGAGCUCUCUGUCCGUUUUAUUUUUCUAGUUCACAACAUGUUGAUAUUGUACAGUAUAUGUAUUUGUUGUGUAUAGAGGACUUAAAGGGGUCGAAUCAGCUGAAGAUGCCACAGCAGCACCAUCAGGAGGAUUUGAAUGAAUCGUCUCAAAUAUCGAUCCACAAGACACGCUGCAGAGCACUCAAAACGUUUCAAAACCGGUGCCAUUAUGAUACCUGAGAUGCCAGAAGACUUUUGUACGUGUUUUCUGGCACAACUAAAAAUAAGAAUUUCCACCUAUUGCAAUUCACACAUCUCGUGCUGGUGCUGAAAACAACAAAAACAGAGUAAUAAUCUUUUUUUAAUUUGUUGUUUGAUUACACUUUGCUUUCCAACAAAACCAAAAGUGUUUUCAUGUCUGUGCCAGAACGGUUUCAAUCCACAGGCCUCACUUGUGCAUGAAACAGAUUGAUAUCCAUGUGUGUAAAAGUAUAUAUAUAUAUAUACAGAGACUUUCUAGAACAGUGAUAAUGUUUUUUCUAACUUUUAAUGUCAUCAGUUUCUAUAUUGCCACUUUUACAGGUUAUCAAUUUUAAAAAAAAAACGCCAUGUAUUGUAUAGUAUCUUGUAGACGAGGUCACCAGAUGAUGCGUCAUGUAGCGUUCGUUUCAACGUUGUCGCAGUAUAAAACUAUACCAGCCCGUUAAUGGAAAGUGCUGUUACUCUGACAUUACAUCCCUCUUUUGUAAACACUUGCUACGUCGCAAUAAACUUCUCUUGAAGAUUG